UCUAUGGCCUUCAGAGUACGUUGAUACGUGUAUAUUUCCCGGUCAAAUACGUCGAUAACGAAGGUUGUCAUGUUUGUCACAAGGCAUCGUUAGUGCUAUGCUAAUGUGGGCCUACCGUCAUGACGGUGCGUUUGUCAAUUGACAUUUGGUGUACGUUGUAACUUGUGUUACAUGUAGGCCUAAGGCUUUUUCAGUUCGGCCUUUUUCAAAAAUUCUGCUAAAUUGUAUGCAAGAAUUCUGGAUGCGGUAUAACGUUAGUUCAAGAGAGGAAAUCUGCCAAAGGAAAGGAGAAGAAAUUGAAAAGGAAAGAGGAGCAGGCCUCCUUAGCUGCAUCGCGAGCUGUCGUUGAAGCGGCCAAUGCUCUUGAUGAUCCCAUGGAGAGCUUAGCACCGUUCAAGAAGUACAACAGAAACGGACUGAAUUUGACGAUCGAAUGCUGCCGGAGCACAAGCCUGGAUGAGCAGAUGUUGGACUGGGCCUUCGACCUCACCAAGAAAAACAUGCAGACACUAUACGAAACAAGCAGCUGUGGCUGGAGACCGCGGGAGAAGAGGGAAGAGUUGACGGACGACCGGGCGUGGUACCUCAUUGCCAGGGAAACAGAUGGCACUCCUGUUGGGCUGAUCCACUUUCGCUUCGACAUGGAUUUUGAUGACGAGGUCUUGUAUUGUUACGAGAUCCAGUUGGUUGAAGAAGUCAGACGGAAAGGUCUGGGAAAAUUCCUCAUGCAGAUCCUGUCUCUUCUAGCUUACAAAACACACAUGAAGAAAGUUGUGCUUACAGUGUUCAAGAGGAAUGUCACUGCAUGCGAUUUUUUCAGGGAUAUCCUCAAAUUUGAGAUUGACGAGACCUCGCCGAGUGUCUUUGAUCCCAUGUGCCCAGACGAGUACGAUUAUGAGAUCCUGAGCAAGGCUGUGCCCCAAAAGAAGGCAGCCAAACCAGUGCCAGCCUGCAGAGAGAAUGGUAACCAAGCUGUGCACUAAAAAAAA